AUGCAUAGGCAAGUGCGCCUGCCUGGGACUAUAUGUCUGCAGUGUGGGGAUAAAGGAUUCAGGAAUGCUUUUGUGUACUGUGUUAAAUGUUUGAAACUUGCUUUACACCGCUACUGUCUGGACGAAAUACCUGAGACUUUCGAUGAGUUUGUUCAUUGGGUUUGUGAUGACUGUGAACUCGAAGCUCAACUCAACCUCACUCCGCUUAAUAACCGUGACGUGGGCCCCAACUCGACAGGAGACCAUAUAGUUCCAGAAAGCGUGAAAGGGAAUUGUGUAGUUCCUGAAAAUGUUAACUUGCUCUCUGACAUUAAUGAAGAAGAGGAAAAUGAUUUAUCAGCAGUUAGAAAAGAGGAGCAUGACCAUAAAAACGAGCCUGCUAAAUCAAACAAUGCUCUGGAGGACAAAAAGGGAAAUGACAAAGUGAGAAGGCAAAGCCGGUGGUUACUAAAGGUCGCCUCGGAAAGUACUAUAAAGUCAACGAGAAGGUCAACACGGUUGAUCAAGUCCACUAAAGAAAACGACAAGAGAUGCUCAAGGGAGAAGAAAAGAAAGAGGGAUAGUAAAUUGCCUUCUAAAGAGGAAGGCGAAAAGGGCUCUGAGAAAAUAGUAAAAAAAAGACGCACUUCCUCGGGAAAUUCGAAGACAAAAACUACUAUCCCGUCCGAUUAUGGCCUGUGGGCAAAUAGGAUUUCUGAUUUUUUGAGUGGUGUCGACAUUUUUCGUUCUGUGACAAUUUGUCUGCAUUGUGGGGAUAGAGGGUUCAGGAAUGCUUUUGUGUACUGUGUUAAAUGUGUGAAACUUGCUUUACACCGCUACUGUCUCGACGUAAUACCGGAGACUUUCGAUGAAUUUGUUUAUUGGGUUUGUGAUGACUGUGAACUCGAAGCUCAACUCAAACUCACUCCGCUUAAUAACCAUGACGCGGGCCCCACCCCGUCUGGAGACCAUAUAGUUGCAGAAGAGGAAAAUGUUAACUUGCUUUCUGACAUUAAUGAAGAAGAGGAAAUUGAUUUAUCAGCAGUUAGAGAAGAGGAGCAUGACCAAAAAGACGAGCCUGCAAAAUCAAACAAUGCUCUGGAGGGUAAAAAACGAAAUGACAAAGUGAGAAGGCAAAAACGGAGGUUACGAAAGAAAGCCUCCGGAAGUACUAUAAAGUCAACGAGAAGGUCAACACGGACGAUCAAGUCUACUAAAGAAAACAACAAGAGUAGUCUUGUUAAUAAUGCAUCAUCACGCAAGAAAGAGAAGAAUAAAGAACGCAUCAAAGCAUUUGCAGGAUCAGAAAAAAACAAGAAAACCCUUGGUAAUAAUAAUGCAUCGUCAUGCAAGAAAGAGAACAAAGAACGUGCGAAAGCGUGUAAAGCGAAAGGAAAUAAGGGCCCCGAGCAGGGAGAGAGAAAUCGCGCCUUCGUGAGAAGCUCAAGGGAGAAGAAAAGAAAGAGGGAUAGUAAAUUGCCUUCUAAAAGAGAGGAAGACGAAAUGGGCUCCGAGAAAAUAGUAAAAAAAAGACGCAUUUCCUCAGGAAAGUCAAAGACGAAAAAGACAAAAGCUACUAUCCCGUCCGAGAAGAUUCACGACGAAGAAAAGCUAGAAACUUGCUCCGAAAAACCUCUCGUGGCAAACAUACCGCCCAAAGAUGGAGAAAAGGGUAAUUUUAUUUUCUCAAACGGAGAUAAGAAUAAUUUAUGUGAAGAUUCUCCGAAAGACUUUCCUAUCAUGUCAGCUGAGCCAGUCGCAAUGCCUAUUUGG